UCAAAGCAGGAGCCCUUCGUGGCAGUGAGUUGGUGUUGAGGCUCCAGCCUGACCAAUCCUGUGGGUCGACAAAACAGUUUCAGGACACCAGAAUACACGGAGAGUCGACCACGAUGCAGAAAGAGCAGAGGGAGUCCAGGGAAAACAGCUCAGCCUCACAGCCUCAGGCCUGCACGGACAGUGUUCAGCCAGAAGAAUUAACCUCGAGUCUGCACACUUUUAAGAACAAGGCCUUUAAAAAAUCCAAAGUGUGUGGAGUUUGCAAACAAAUUAUUGACGGUCAAGGUAUUUUAUGCCAAGCCUGCAAGUAUUCCUGCCACAAGAAAUGUGAAGCCAAGGUGGUGAUUCCCUGCGGUGUGCAAGUCCAACUGGAACAGGCUCCAGGGAGUUCCACACUGUCCAGUUCUCUCUGCCAUGAUAAACCUCUGUGGCUCGUCAUCCUGAGUCCCACCAUGGAGGAGGGCCAUGGGCUGGACCUCACUUACAUCACGGAGCGCAUCAUCGCCGUGUCCUUCCCCGCCGGCUGCUCCGAGGAAUCCUACCUGCACAACCUGCAGGAGGUCACGCGCAUGCUCAAGUCCAAGCAUGGGGACAACUACCUGGUAUUGAAUCUUUCAGAAAAGAGAUAUGACCUUACAAAGCUUAACCCAAAGGGCGGGAAAGGAUGCAUAGGAGUGGUCAUAUCAUCCUACAUGCAUUUCACCAACAUCUCAGCCAGCGCCGACCAGGCCCUUGACAGGAUUGCAAUGAAGAAGUUUUAUGAUGACAAAGUUUCAGCUUUAAUGCAGCCUUCCCAAAAACGGUACGUUCAGUUCCUCAGUGGGCUCCCGUCCGGAUCGGUGAAAAUGAAUGCCUCUCCCCUGUUCCUGCAUUUUGUCAUCCUCCACGGCACCCCCAACUUCGACACAGGUGGAGUGUGCCGGCCCUUUCUGAAGCUCUACCAAGCCAUGCAGCCUGUGUACACCUCCGGGAUCUACAACAUUGGCCCAGAAAACCCCAGCAGGAUCUGCAUCAUCAUCGAGCCGGCCCAGCUUCUGAAGGGAGAUGUCAUGGUGAAAUGCUACCACAAGAAGUACCGCUCGGCCACCCGUGAUGUCAUUUUCCACCUGCAGUUUCACACUGGGGCUGUGCAGGGCUACGGGCUGGUGUUUGGGAAGGAGGAUCUGGACAAUGCCAGCAAAGAUGACCGUUUUCCUGACUAUGGGAAGGUUGAAUUAGUCUUCUCUGCCACGCCUGAGAAGAUUCAAGGGUCCGAACACUUGUACAACGACCACAGUGUGAUUGUGGACUACAACACAACAGACCCACUGAUAUGCUGGGACUCGUACGAGAACCUCAGUGCAGAUGGAGAAGGCCUUGUGGGAUGGAAUUUCAACUCAAGGAAUUGUUGCAAUGCAAAUACACCUGGACCAGAGGUGGAGACCCACAGACGGAAUGCUGAUGGCAGCAUCUUCUGAGCCAGUGGUGUGAGCAGGCGGGAGACUGCUGUGGACUGUGUGGUUGGAGGUGGUGGAGCCAUGCAGGCUUCAUAAAGCAGCAGAGACCCCCUUUAUGGGCAGAGUCACGCCCAGACUCCUCAGGGAUAUAGUGGGUGAGAGUGCAGCCUCCUCCCAGCGCCUGGUUCAUCCCUUGCAGCCUCGAUGAUAUCUGAAGCCCAUGAGCACCCCCAGGGAGAUGGAGGGACAGGGGAGGACUCAGAGCGAGCUCAGGACUGGUAUCCGGAUGCUUAGCCCAGAACCCACCACACGGAAUCUGAGUCGUCUCCCAAAACUGGAUCUCAGCAACCUUCCCUUGAACCACUGCCUGAGCAUUCUUGAGAAUUCCAGCUCCUGAGUUACAGACAAGCACGGAGCCUUUCCUCAAAUCUGCAUCCCCUCCUCCUGAAUCCCCUCCAUCCCCAUGUGCUGUCUGGCGUGUCUGGGGUACCUGAUUCAAUGGAGUGAGUUUUAUGCUUUUCUUUCUUUCUUUUACAUACAUUUAAGAUUGUAUCAAUACUUUUUGAAGAUGUAAAUUAUCAAAAAGAAGGAAUAAUUACCCCCAUCUUACCGUCUAAAGAUGAAGCACUCGUCACUGGUGUAUUUUCGGCAUGAUUUCUAAAUAUCAUGUGAUUUGUCAUA